CCGUUAAUUAUAUCCAUAGCGCAUACAGAGUAGCAUCAUUGAGAGCUUUGGUGCAGCUCUCCCGCCAUGAACUCCCUUACUCUCCUCUCACAUCCUCCGCACACCACGCUCCACUCUUCCACCCUCUCCACAGACAAAGCCUGUCCAUUUCUCCAAUCUCACUCCCAUUCUCGAGCCCUAGGGUUUUGUUUCCCCAAACCGCUCCGCCCACCAGCUCAGAUCUCAUCUCGGUUUCGAAUCUCAUACAAGUUUCGACGCUCACUCUUUCCGGUGGAAUCUCAACUAUCGGAUGUCGACGAGGACGAUGAUGACGAUGACGAUGACGACGAAGCCGCAGAUGAAUACGACGUCCCCGGUGAAGCUUUGGACGGAGUGGAAGAUGAAAUCGAAACAUCGAUGGCUACAUCUGAGGCGCCUGCGUCUCGGUCUGAUGAAUUCAAGUGGCAGAGAGUGGAGAAGCUCUGCAACGAAGUCAGAGAGUUCGGCGAAGAGCUGAUUGAUGUCGAGGAACUCGCCUCCAUUUACGACUUUCGAAUUGACAAGUUUCAGAGGUUAGCAAUUCAAGCGUUCUUAAGAGGUUCAUCGGUUGUAGUUUCCGCCCCGACAAGCAGCGGUAAGACUUUGAUUGCAGAAGCUGCAGCUGUUGCCACAGUAUCCAGGGGAAGGAGAUUAUUCUACACAACUCCGCUUAAGGCAUUAUCGAAUCAGAAAUUCCGCGAGUUCCGUGAGACCUUCGGUGAUAAUAAUGUUGGCCUUCUUACUGGAGAUUCUGCAGUCAACAAAGAUGCUCAAGUUUUGAUUAUGACCACAGAGAUCCUGAGAAACAUGUUAUAUCAGAGUGUUGGAAUGGUUUCUUCUGGGAGUGGGCUUUUCCAUGUGGAUGUAAUUGUUUUGGAUGAAGUGCAUUAUCUAAGUGACAUAUAUCGGGGUACGGUCUGGGAAGAGAUAGUUAUAUAUUGCCCAAAAGAAGUUCAACUUAUUUGUCUAUCAGCUACAGUUGCAAAUCCAGAUGAGCUGGCUGGUUGGAUUAGUCAGAUACAUGGUAAAACUGAGUUGGUCACAUCAUCAAAGCGUCCUGUUCCAUUGACUUGGCACUUUUCUACAAAGACUUCUUUGUUACCUCUUCUUGACGAGAAGGGAAAAAGCAUGAAUAGGAAGCUGUCUCUCAGUUAUUUACAAAAUUAUGCUUCAGGAGAUAACUCUUACAAGGAUGAGAGAUCUAGAAGAAGGAAUUUAAAAAAACGUGAAAGUGACAUGAGCUACAGCAGUUUUGCUAGCAUCCAUGGACAAUCCUCUCUUUCAAAGAAUGACAUAAACACAAUUCGUCGUUCACAAGUUCCUCAAGUUAUGGAUACAUUAUGGCACCUUAAGGCAAGGGAUAUGCUGCCAGCAAUUUGGUUUAUUUUUAGCAGGAAAGGAUGUGAUGCGUCUGUUCAGUAUCUUGAAGAUUGCAAUCUCCUAGAUGAGUCUGAAAUGAGUGAGGUUGAUCUGGCCUUGAAAAGGUUCCGUCUUCAGUAUCCUGAUGCUGUCAGGGAGUCUGCUGUAAAAGGCCUUCUGCAAGGGGUUGCUGCACAUCAUGCUGGAUGUCUACCCCUGUGGAAAUCAUUUAUAGAAGAGCUGUUUCAACGAGGACUUGUUAAGGUUGUCUUCGCUACAGAGACACUUGCUGCUGGAAUCAAUAUGCCUGCUAGGACAGCUGUUAUUUCAUCUCUCAGCAAAAGGGGUGAAAGUGGACGUAUUCAAUUGAGCUCAAAUGAACUGCUUCAAAUGGCUGGGCGUGCUGGACGUAGAGGUAUUGAUGAAAGUGGACAUGCGGUGCUUGUUCAGACCCCCUACGAUGGUGCUGAAGAAUGCUGCAAGCUUCUCUUUGCUGGGGUUGAACCUCUUGUUUCACAGUUUACUGCUUCAUAUGGAAUGGUUCUGAAUCUUCUUGCAGGUGCAAAAGUUACUCGUAGAUUGAGUGAAUCCAAUGAUUUGAAGGUUCUCCAAGCAGGACGAACUCUGGAAGAAGCUAGGAAGUUAGUUGAGCAAAGUUUUGGAAACUAUGUUGGGAGCAAUGUUAUGCUUGCUGCAAAAGAGGAGCUUACAAAAGUAGAGAAAGAGAUUGAGGUGUUGUCUUCAGAAGUUACUGAUGAUGCUAUUGAUAGGAAGAGCCGGAAGCUGUUAUCGGAGAUGGCUUAUAAUGAGAUUGCUAAUCUGCAGGAAGAAUUAAGGGCAGAAAAACGCUUGAGAACUGAGUUACGAAGAAGGAUGGAAUUGAGAAGAAUGUCUGCCUUGAAACUACUAUUGAAGGAGUCAGAAAAUGGACAUUUGCCUUUUGUGUGUUUGCAAUAUAAAGAUUCUGAGGAUGUUCAACACUUAGUCCCUGCUGUCUAUUUAGGGAAGGUUGAUUCAUUUGAUGGUUCAAAAGUCAAGAACAUGGUUUAUACCAAUGAUUGUUUUGCACUAAAUGCAGUAGUGACAGAGCUAAAUGUUGAUGAUACUGACAGUCAACCCAAUGGCAAACCAUCUUAUUAUGUGGCUCUUGGUUCAGAUAACUCUUGGUAUCUAUUUACAGAAAAGUGGAUUAAAACAGUUUAUAGGACGGGCUUUCCUAAUGUUGCCUUAGCUCAAGGUGAUGCCUUGCCUCGGGAAAUUAUGAGGGCACUUCUUGAUAAGGCAGACAUACAGUGGGAGGAGCUUGCUAAGUCUGAACUGGGAGGUUUAUGGUGUAUUGAAGGAUCCCUAGAGACAUGGUCUUGGAGUUUAAAUGUGCCAGUUUUGAGUAGCCUUUCUGAAGAUGAUGAGGUGUUAAAAAUGUCUCAAGCAUACUAUGAAGCUGUAGAGUGCUACAAGGAGCAAAGAAAUAAAGUUUCACGUUUGAAGAAAAAGAUAGCACGCACGGAAGGGUUUAAAGAGUACAAGAAGAUUAUAGACAUGAGUAAGUUCACUGAGGAAAAGAUUAAACGCUUGAAGGCUAGAUCAAAUCGUUUGAGUAGUCGAAUAGAGCAAAUUGAACCAUCUGGUUGGAAGGAGUUUCUGCAGGUCAGCAAUGUCAUACAUGAAACUAGGGCAUUGGAUAUCAAUACACAUAUAAUAUUUCCUCUUGGGGAAACUGCAGCUGCAAUUCGGGGAGAAAAUGAACUCUGGCUUGCAAUGGUUCUUCGGAGUAAAGUCUUACUGGGUUUAAAACCUGCACAACUUGCUGCAGUAUGUGGAAGUUUAGUUUCUGAAGGGAUCAAAGUUCGUCCUUGGAAAAACAACAGCUAUAUAUAUGAAGCUUCCACUACUGUAAUCAAUGUCAUCAGUCUUUUGGAUGAGCAAAGAAACUCCCUUUUGCAACUUCAAGAAAAACAUGAUGUACAGAUACCUUGCUGUUUGGAUAGCCAAUUUUCUGGAAUGGUUGAAGCCUGGGCAUCUGGUUUAACUUGGAGGGAAAUUAUGAUGGAUUGUGCAAUGGAUGAGGGAGACCUAGCUCGCCUCUUACGGCGUACAAUUGAUAUAUUGGCUCAGAUUCCCAAAUUGCCUGAUAUUGACCCAUUGCUGCAAAGCAACGCAAUGACUGCAUCCAAUGUGAUGGACCGCCCUCCAAUAAGUGAGCUGGCUGGAUGAAAUUGUAAAUAACACCGCAGGUUUUCAUAAAGGUUGUAUAAUUGGCACAUUAGAUCCACAGUGUUUAUAGCAUUUGAUAUAACUCAACUCAAUUAAGCUUUAACCACCAAAAUUUGGGAAUUCAACCUUUUGCAACUCUUACAAAAACCUUGUUAAAUUACCACACAAUUUGUUCAGAUCUCUGUCAAAUGUAAACGGUUAAACUAAUAGUUUUAUUAGUUUUGCCCUGAUUUAUUAUUUUUAUUUUUUUAAACAAUAAAAAGUUGUAAUUUUAAUUA